AUGAAGCCAGAUGCCUGUGAAAAGCAUGGUUCUCCAGUGAUAAAAGGCGGUGAUGGGCGAACGAGAUGGAUGAUUGGAGAACUGCAGGAUUUUUUCGCUAAUAAAAAUGAUCCUAAAAUAAGACAAGUUGAUGAUGACCAAGAAAUUGGACAACAUCAUGAUCGUGGAAAUAUAUUGCAGACUGACAAUGACGAAAAUUUGAAACUACAGCUCAAUACUGGUUUCUUUCUUACGACGAACACUAGUAGCGAUAAAUUAAGUACUGUGGACGAUGGAUCUUCAGCCAACAUGGAAGAUAAUAAAAAUAAGGUUCCAAUUACUCCAAAUGAGCUGGGAUCAACGACUGAACUGGAGCGAGUGAGGGCCGAACUGGAGCAACAUAGAGUUGAAAAUCAAUAUUUGAGAGGCUUGCUAAGUCAGGCUUUUGGAUCCGAAUACGAGAGUCUCCUCAUGCGUUACACAAAACUUGUUCAAAGGCAAGAUAACCAAAAUCCUGAAUUCCCAGAUUCAGAUCACAACAUGAUAAGUGGAUCAGUACUAGAAGGGAAUCAAGGAAGUUUUGUGGAGAAUUCUGGACAAUUUAUGGGCAUUGAUGGUAGGGUAGGAGAUCGUAAUCUGGACCAAGUUUCUCAUUCGUCUUUGGAAGGAAGAUCAGUACAAAAUUGUGGAUAUGGUUCCUCACGAUCUCAAAACGAAAUAGUUGAUUCAAUAGAGUGUAAUAAGAAUAUUAAUAUUACAGCUACAUCUGGAUUAAUUAUCAAUGGAUCUUCAGGUAUCAAUAUUAUUAAUAGUGAUGUUUACGAGAAUGAUCAAGAUCUUAAGGGUCGCCGAGAACAUAUUCCAUGGGUGCCCCACAAAGUUGCCAGGUCUAUUACAAGUGGUGCUAGUACUAGUAUUUGCAGAGAUAAUAAAAUUAAUAAUACUAUUAUUGAUCGUGAUGAAGAUCCUCAAGCUUCACCGAAAAUUACUAUGAUUAGAAAAGCUCGCGUCUCAGUUCGAGCAAGAUCUGAAGCUUCCAUGAUAUCUGAUGGGUGCCAAUGGAGAAAGUAUGGCCAGAAAAUGGCGAAAGGAAACCCUUGUCCUCGAGCUUAUUAUCGUUGCACUAUGGGUACUGGGUGUCCAGUUCGCAAACAGGUACAAAGAUGUGCAGAGGACCGAUCAAUACUGACAACGACAUACGAAGGGCAACACAGCCACCCUCUCCCGCCGGCUGCCAUGGCAAUGGCGUCAACGACAUCCACAGCAGCGUCAAUGCUGCUAUCAGGGUCAAUGCCAAGCACCGAUCAACCUCAUCAAGGCCUUCUCAACCCCAACUUUGUACGUAGUACCUGUCUCCCAGUUGCCUGCUCAGCAAACUUGGCCACACUCUCAGCUUCAGCACCAUUUCCAACGGUCACUCUAGAUCUCACUCGAUCUCCUAUCUCGUCUAUUGAUCAUCAACUCAAUAACAUUACAGGACAAUGGCAGCUUGCACAAAACGAUAAUAAUAAUAUUAAUAAUGAUAUUUUGUCUAAGAUUUUGUCACAAAAUGUUACACCUUCACCACAAGUUUCUGGUCUUAGCAACCAAUGUUCUAAGUUCAUAGGACUUCAUAAUGAGGGAUUAAUAAAUAAUAUAAAUAACAACAAUAUUAGGCUUCAUGACUUGCCAUCCAGCAACGAUUUAUUGGCUGCUGACACUGUUGGUGCUGCGACGGCCGCCAUUACUGCAAAUCCUAACUUCACCAUGGCUCUAGUAGCAGCUAUUACAUCUGUCAUGGGCAAUGUUAAGUCAACUGGUAGCGCUCCAUCUACAAACAGUAAUGAGAAGAAUUAG